GCCAUAUACCCACUGAGAAUUCUUAAAUCUUAAUUUAUAGGUUAUGAAUUGAGUGAGUAGUAAGAUGGCAAAAAUAUGUGACAGUGGAAUUGUUUUAUACUAACAUAUUUGAAUAAUUAAAAAAAUGGCAUAUCUAAAUAAACAAGAUAAACUGUUUAUAUAGAAAAGCGUUUACACAAAGAUAAAUAUAACAAAUAGUUAUUGAAAAAAUUAAAUAAACAUUUGUAAUACAUUAUUUUAAACUGUUCACAAAAUGAAAUCUAAAUUUAGUACUUUUGAUUUAGUGUGCAGUCUAACAGAACUACAAAGGCACAUAGGAUUGAGAGUUAAUCAAGUGUAUGACAUUGACCAAAAAACAUACCUCAUAAAACUACAGUCAGAAGAGAAAGUUGUGCUUUUGAUAGAGUCAGGCUGUAGAAUUCAUCAAACAGCAUUUGAAUGGCCCAAAAACCAAGCUCCAUCAGGUUUUACCAUGAAAAUGAGAAAACAUCUAAAAAACAAACGCUUGGAAGUUCUCCGACAACUGGGGAUGGAUCGGAUAGUUGAUAUGCAGUUCGGGACUGGAGAGGCUGCUUACCAUGUGAUAUUGGAGCUAUACGAUCGUGGAAACAUCAUCCUUACAGAUUACGAACUUACUAUCCUCAAUGUUCUAAGGCCACACGUAGAAGGAGAUAAAAUAAAGUUUGCUGUGAGGGAGAAGUACCCAGUGGACAGAGCCCAUCCACGUGUACCACCUCCUAAUGUUGAUGACUUGCAACAAAUAUUCUCCAAGGCUAAACCGGGUGACUCACUCAAAAAGAUAUUAAACCCUCAUUUAGAGUAUGGUCCAGCAGUGAUUGACCACAUGUUGCUCAAAGUGGGACUGCCCCAUGGAGUGAAACUAGGGAAGGGAUUCGACAUCAGUCAGAUGGACAAGCUGUGUGAGGCUCUACAAGAGGCAGAAUCACUCCUAGACCAGGCUCUCACCCAACCGUCAAAGGGGUACAUAAUUCAAAAAGCUGAAAAAAGGCCAACUAGUGAAGGCGGCUCAGAAGAUCUGAUAACCAAUCAAGAAUUCCAUCCGUAUUUGUUCCUGCAAAAUGCCAACCAGCUUUAUAAAGAGUUUGACUGCUUCGAUUUGGCUGUGGAUGAGUUUUUCUCAUCUUUAGAAGCACAAAAGAUUGAUGUAAAAUUUCUGCAACAGGAAAGGGAGGCUCUGAAGAAGUUGGAUAAUGUGAAGAAGGACCACCACGACCGGUUGCAGGCAUUGCAGCAAACGCAGGCUGUGGACAAACAGAAAGCGGAGCUGAUCUUACGUAAUCAGCAGCUGGUAGAGAGCUGUCUACUGGUAGUCCGGACUGCUCUGGCUAACCAGCUGCCCUGGCCUGCCAUCAGUCAGCUUAUAGAGGAAGCGAAGACAAGGGGUGAUCCAGUAGCAACAGCCAUAGCUCAACUCAAACUAGAGACCAACCAUAUAACCUUACAUCUUAGUGAUCCAUUCUUCAGUGAUGACACAUCCAGCAGGGAAGAGGACAGUGAUGAUGAAGCAGGAACCUCAAAAAUAGAACCCAUGAACAUUGAUAUUGAUCUAGCAUUGACGUCUUUUUCUAACGCUAAAAGAUACUAUGACAAAAAAAGAUCAGCAGCCAAGAAACAGCAGAAAACUGUGGAGUCACAAGGGAAAGCUCUCAAGUCGGCUGAGAAGAAGACCAAACAAGCUCUAAAAGAGGUGCAAGCGAUGAGCACAAUCACGAAAGCUCGCAAAGUCUUCUGGUUUGAAAAGUUUUUUUGGUUCAUCAGCUCAGAAAAUUAUCUUGUUAUCGGAGGUCGAGAUCAGCAGCAGAAUGAGGUGAUAGUAAAGCGACACCUGCGUGGCUCAGACGUGUACGUUCAUGCAGAUCUUCACGGUGCAUCGAGUAUUGUGGUCAAGAAUCCUUCCCCACAGCCAGUGCCACCCAAAACUCUCAACGAGGCUGGGACCAUGGCCAUCUGUUACAGCGCUGCGUGGGAUGCAAAAGUACAUACCAGUGCCUGGUGGGUUCACGCCGACCAGGUGUCCAAGACUGCUCCAACAGGAGAGUAUUUGACUACUGGUAGCUUCAUGAUCAGAGGCAAAAAGAACUAUUUGCCUCCACUCCACCUGGUCAUGGGCUUUAGCUUUCUCUUCAAGCUGGAGGAAAGCAGCGUUGAGAGGCACAAAGAUGACCGAAGGGUGAGAGCUGUCGAGGAUGAAGAGGCACCAGCUGAGCCAGAAGAGGGGAUGGCAGAGGUGGAACUGGAACUUAGUGAGGAUGAACAUCCUGAUGGAAAAUCAGCUACCACAUUAGGAGAUGUAGAAGAAGUGGAUGAGGAUGAAGAUGGGUCUCAGUUCCCUGACACUCAAAUAAGAGUUGAACACACCAAUGACAACAAAGUAAGUGUUACAUCAGCCAUGGGCAGUCUCAGUUUACAGCCAAGUAGCAUUGCAGAUGAGACAACGGUUGUUUACCUGGGAGAUAAUCAACCUAUUGUUGUUAAACCUUCUGCGCCUAAACCUACCAAACAGAAACAACAACAAAUGAAAGCAGUGAAAAAAGAAGACAAUGAUGAAGAAAAAGAAAAGGAAAAACAAAACAUACCCCAUGUAAAAAGAGGACAAAAAGGCAAACUUAAGAAAAUUAAAGAAAAAUAUAAAGACCAAGAUGAAGAAGAAAGAAAAUUGAGAAUGGAUAUUUUACAAAGUGCAGGGAGUGGAAAAGUUAAGGACUCCAAGAAAGGAAAGAAAAGUGGUUCCAAGGUGGCACCAGUGGUUAAGAAGCCUCCAGUCCCCAAACCUGCCUCGGCACCUCGUCCUGCUGCUGGUGACGUAGCAGGUGUAGAGAGUGGUGGUGAGGAUGAAGCAGAGGGGGAGGGAGUGUCAGCGGACAUUGAUAUGCUCGAUUCACUCACUGGUCAACCGCUCCCAGAAGAUGAACUGCUGUUUGCUGUCCCUGUAGUAGCACCUUACAACACCUUGACAAAUUACAAGUACAAGGUGAAGCUGACUCCUGGUUCAGGCAAGAGGGGUAAGGCGGCCAAAACAGUUCUCAAUAUGUUUUUGCGAGACCGCAGUGCUACCAACCAUGAGCGGGACUUGAUGCGGAGUGUGAAGGACCAGAACAUGGCUCGCAAUAUUCCAGGGAAGGUCAAACUGUCAGCUCCUCAGUUGCAAAAACUCAAGAAGUAGUUGAUCUGCUAUUUUCCAUCCUAUGAUUGUUUAUAUUAUACAUAAAAAGUCAAGUUUAAAGUGGGUUGUGGUACUUAGUUAUACUCAGGUCUGUUAUAAUUAUAUAUGUUUUGUAAAUAGAAGUUAUACAGAAUUGAAUAUUAAAUUUUUUUAAUGUUCAA